UACCCAGUCCUUCGUGGUGGGAAGCGCUACACCGCUCAUGUCCAGGACCCAAAGGUGUUAGUGUGGAAACCGAGGAGCCCCAUGGAUAAAUCUCUCAACCUCAACACAGGAUCACCUGAGCCAAUGGAUCAUGUUUUGAGGAACGUCUUGACCCAGGAUCAGUCCAGGUGUGGAGUGUGUGAGCAGCUACUGAGGGACCCAGUCAUCACCAGAUGUGGACACAGUUUCUGCAGGCAGUGCAUCAGCAGCUACGGGAGCCAGUCUGGUCCAUCAGGAAACUACAGCUGCCCCCAAUGCAGAAAGAUAUUCAGAACACAACCCCAAUUAUACCCACAUACAGCAAUGUCACAACCUUCUCCAUACCAAGACAGAGAAAUGUCACAACAUCAACAAUACUCAUCUACUACCAUGGCACAAGUUCCUCCAUACCCACACACAGAGGUGGGGCAGCACCCUCUAUAUCCACACACACAUGUGCCACAGAUUUCUCCAGAGCCCACUUUGGAUGACUAUGCAGUAGGCAGCAAACAACCCCUAACAGAGCAUGUCCCCAUCAAAAGGGCCAAACUGACAGAUGUCCAUGUCCUGACCAGAGUACUGAUGACCCAUAGAGCCAGCAUAAAGAGGAGGUGUGAGAGGAUAAGGUCAGGGACUCACCCACUCCCUAAUGAGAUCAACACAGAGCUCUACAUCACAGCGGGAGAGAGUGAGAGGGUAAAUAAUGAGCAUGAAAUUUGGCAAGUAGAGUCAGCAUUAAGGGCACGAACUACAGAGGACACAGCAAUCAACUGCAGUGAUAUCUUCAAGCCCUUACCCGGACAAGAGAGACACAUCAGAACGGUCAUGACCAAGGGGAUUGCUGGCAUUGGAAAAACUGUCUCUGUGCAGAAGUUCAUCCUUGACUGGGCAGAGGACAGAGCUAACCAGGAUGUAGAUUUCAUGUUUGUGUUUCCGUUUUGUGAGCUGAAUUUGAUCAAACAUGAUCAGUACAGUCUUCACAGGCUCCUGCUUGACUUCCACCCUGAGCUUAGGGAGCUACAGGAUAAUGAAUACAAAGACUGCCACAUUGUGUUUAUCUUUGAUGGUCUUGAUGAGAGUCGAUUUCCAUUGAAUUUCCAAAAGAAUCAGAAGUUGUCUGAUGUGACACAAACAUCAUCAGUGGAUGUGCUGGUAACGAGCCUCAUUCAGGGAACUCUGCUUCCCUCUGCUCUCAUCUGGAUAACCUCCCGACCAGCAGCCGCCAGUCAGAUCCCUUCUCGGUGUAUCAGUCAGGUGACAGAAGUACAAGGGUUCAAUGACUCAAAGAUGGAAGAGUACUUUAGCCAGAAGAUCAGUGACCAGAAUCAAGCCAACAGAAUUAUCUCACACAUUAAGUCAACUAGGAACCUUCACAUUAUGUGCCACAUGCCAGUCUUCUGUUGGAUCUCAGCCAUUGUCCUUCAGCAGAUACUGGAACAGGAUUCUGAGAAAGAUGCCCCCAAAACCCUGACUGAGAUGUUAAUACACUUCCUGCUCAUCCAGACCACCAGGAAGAACCAGAAGUAUCAAGAAGAAAGUGAGACAGAUAGACAGAGGCUCCUGGAAUCUCAUAGGGGUGUCAUAUUGAAACUGGCAGAGCUGGCUUUCAAGCAUCUGGAGAAUGGGAAUCGUAUGUUCUAUGAGGAAGACCUGAGAGAGUGUGGCAUUAAUGUCAGUGAAGCUACAUUGUACUCCGGAAUGUGCACUGAGAUCUUCAGGGAGGAAUGUGAGGUUGCCCAGAAGAAGGUUUACUGCUUUGCACAUCUGAGCAUCCAAGAGUUUCUUGCUGCACUUCAUCUGUUUGCCUCGUAUGUGAGUAAGAAUAUUGUGGCCCUGGAACCAUUUCUUGGUAGAAAGUCCAAGUCCGAUAUGCCUCUAGAUGAGCUGUUGAAAAUUUCAGUGAACAAAGCUUUGAAAAGCAAGAAUGGACACCUUGAUUUGUUUGUUCGUUUCCUUCAUGGCAUUUCUCUGGUGUCAAAUCAGAGACUUUUGCUAGGCCUCCUGACACACAUACACAGCAGCCCAGAGAGUGUGAAGAAAACAAUCAAGAACCUGAAGGUGACGCACAAGUCAAAUAUUUCCCUUGAGAGGUGCGUCAAUGUGCUCCACUGCCUGGUGGAAAUGCAUGAUUCUUCUGUCCAUGAUGAAAUCCAGGCUUUCCUGAAGGCAGAGAAAGGUGCCGUGAAACAGCUCUCACUGGCUCACUGCUCAGCCCUGGCCUACAUGCUUCUGAUGUCCAAGGAUGCGCUGGAUGAGUUGGACUUGAGGAAAUAUAAAACAUCAGAAGAGGGACGGAGGAAACUGGUGCCAGCUGUGAGAUGUUGCAGGAAGGCUGUGUGA